CUGCUGGUAAAACGCUGAUCGGAGAUUCUCGCCUUUUUGGCACCGCUGGGCUACCGUACAUUCAAUAGCUGGUCAGAAACCAACUACAGUCUACUGACGAACAGGUGAAAGUCUUUACAGCAACUUUUCUUGCUAGCGCUGCCUCCUGAGCUCAGUAAGUUGUAUUUUCGCAAUGGCAUCGUCUGCAAUGAUCACCGUCCCCACCACCGCCUCCAGAUUUGCCCUUCUCAAGAUAGACUCGGAUUCGGACUCCGACACCUCCGAAUCGGGGAAGACCAAAGUCAAAGGUGGACGGGACACGUCCGGGAAGCCCCGACAGGGCAAGGCAGGAGCAGCCGGGGGGAAGGCGACGCAGGCCACCGACAAGAAGAAAGACAAGAAAAAGAAGAGGAAGGAGCAACAGCAGAGUGAGGCCAACGAGUUACGUAAUUUGGCCUUUAAGAAGAUUCCUCAGAGGUCCAGUGCCCCACCUCCUUGUAUGUCACUGUCAGAAAUAGCCAGCGAUCUUGUCACCCCUACACCAGGAGACAACAAUCUUCCGUCAGAGGGUUGGCAGCAGUGGAAGCAGCGAGAUGAGCAGAUAACAUCAGAACUAUAUGAGGCAGACUUGGAAAAGGCCUUGAUUCUAAGUAAACUCGAGUAUGAACAACAGAAACAGAACAUAAACACAUCCUCACCAAAGUCACGAGGAGGUAAAGAAGGUGGAGGAAAGAAGGACAAAAAGAAGAAUCAGCAGACAAAAGACAAAAAAACAGUUUCACUGCAGGACUUUCAGUCCGAUGGCAGCGUAGAACCUCAGAGUAAGAAACAAGAGAAAGAGGACACAAGAGUGGUUAACCCAGCACUUGGAAUCGGACAGGAAGAACGCUUUUUCAAUAGGCUUGAAGAUGAUGUCACUCGGAUUAUUCAACGAGAGAAGAGACGCGAGCAGUUUGCAAACUGCCCUGGACAGGAAGGCAACAAUUCCACCGAUGAACCUGACCCCCGGGCAGAACAGCUGAAGUAUGAGCUGGAGAAAAAAGAUGAGGAAAUUGAUAAGUUAAAGAAGACUAUCACACAGUGGGAGGUAAAAUACAAAGAGGUAAAAACAAGAAAUUCCCAGCUGCUAAAGAUGCUCCAGCAAGGAGAGAUGAAAGACAAAGCAGAAAUCCUUCUACAAGUAGAAGAGCUAUUGCAUAUCAAGGAAGAAUUGUCCUCGCAGGUAACAUUACUACAUGCUGCCCUUGAACAAGAAAGAUCUAAAGUCAAAGGUCUGCAGGCAGAGCAACCCAAACAUCAGGCAAACAAGAAAGGGAAGAAAGGCUCAGAGGUGGAUCUAUGAGGGUUGUAAAACCGAAAACAGCAAGAGUGGAUAAAAAAACACUAGUUAUCAUAUACAGGGUUUUUUUUAAAGCUCAGUAUCCAUUUUAGCAUAACAAUGCAUGUCCUCCUAAUUACACACACACACACACACACACACACACACACCCCAGGUUGUUAUGCAACAAAAUAAGUGUUUUAAAACUUCCUUUUAAAACAAAAGGUUCUGUGCUGGCUUGCCCUCUGCAGUGCCACUGCAUCUAAUACUGUAAGAUGUGUGCCUGAUCUUUCUGUGGUUCGUUUUUGCCUCACUGUUAAGUAAAUAAAUGACCUUUUCAGUGAA